AUGUCGCGGGAGAGAACCAAAAGAGGCGCAAGAGAGUACGGCCAACCGGCUAUACUCGGUGUUUUUGAAAUUAAUAGUAUAGCCGAAUGGCUAUACGCUGUGAAAUUAAUCACAUUGCUUAUAACGUUGAACUUUAAGACGGUUGAUGCUUUUGAAGAGAAGGUGGUUGAUCUUGACAUUGAAGAGAUUUGA